AUGCGCUCUUUGGCGGGGCUGGCUGCCAUUGUGGCGGCGGCGAGUGUCUACCUCUACCUGCUGUCGACUCACCUUCCCCCGGGACCGACGCACGUCCAGCCGGGCUCUGGCGGGGAGGAUGGGGGGGUCCAGGAGUACAGGCUGAAGUUCCCGUCGGACCUGGACGAGCUGCGGGAACUCGCAGAGAUGCUCAAGUUUUAUAAAAAAGAACAUCACGGCUAUGUUCUGCUGCUGUUCUGCAGCGCCUACCUGUACAAACAGUCCUUCGCCAUACCUGGCUCAUCCUUCCUGAACAUGCUCGCUGGUGCGAUAUUCGGGCCCUGGGAGGGUCUGCUGUUGGCCUGCCUGCUCACCACGUCGGGCUCCACAUUCUGCUUCCUGCUCUCCUCUGCGUUCGGAAAGCAGCACGUGGUUCAGAUCUUCCCUGAGAAGGUGGCCCUGCUGCAGAGGAAGGUGGAGGAGAAUCGUAGCAGUUUGUUCUUCUUCCUCCUUUUCCUUCGUUUCUUCCCUAUGACUCCUAACUGGUUCCUUAACAUCACCUGUCCCGUCCUCAACAUCCCUAUUUCCAUUUUCUUCUUCUCUGUGCUCAUAGGUUUGAUCCCAUACAACUUCAUCUGUGUUCGCACGGGCUCCAUCCUCUCGGAGAUCUCCUCUCUGGAUGAUAUCUUCUCCUGGGGGACGCUGGCCCAGCUCCUGGCCAUCGCCCUCAUGGCUCUCGUCCCUGGAGCGCUGAUCAAACAGUACAGCAAAGCUCACCUCAAGGUGGACGGCAUGGACAGUAAUGGACCCUGCCAGACUGAAAUCAAGCAGGACCGGAAGAGACGAUGA